UUUGCAGUUCUCGAUUCUUCAUGGUAAAAAUCAUAGACACCUUACCUAUUGAAACUCUGCAACUUAUUCAAAAUUGAAAAACUAGAUAACCUGUUUACAUAGUUUAUUUUCUAAAUUUGAGACAGCCUGUUUUACAUGUCUGUUAUCAUUUAAAUGUAGUCACUUCUGAUUUAAGCUUAAUCAUUAUAAUUCAACCCUAUUUGCUCUUCAUUUUAGGAGUUGCUUGAGGGAUUCAGUUUUUGUAGUUAAUCACUAGGCAGAAUGAACGCAUUAGUGAGCUUCUGUCCCCUUGAUUUGGUUGGCAAUUGGUUAUCAAAUAGAUAGCCUGAUAUCAUACUGAUUGUGAUUAUUUCUCUGAUGAGUAAUUUUGACUUUUGUUUACCCGUCUUAGUAAUGAACAACUUUGCUGAAGAAAAUCAAACGAAUAUUAUAAAUGUCAUGUACUCAUUUCUUCAACCAUAUUUUCAAGCAUUCUGGUUUUAAGGGUUUGGGCUUUCUGGUAUAGCAGGUAUAGAACCAUUUCGAAGUUCGAUCUUCAUCAGUUAAUCGGAGUUUUGAAGGCAAAGCCUAGUAUGAUGCCUGCUUUGAUGACAUGUAGAAACUGAUUUAUAUUGGCACACAUACUUGUACAUGUGAUUUCUCUGAUCAUUGUAGAUGACUUCUAUGCAGGUUGGUUCUUCCCCUCGUCAGAAUCCAGAACUUUAAUCAUCUUCUGCUGUAAGGGGCUAUGGGACAUAAACAAAUGUUCAACACAUCUCAAUACUUUGAGAUAGAGCAGGACUGGAGCCAUGGCCACCCAGCUUCUGGACAAUCCUAUGUCCAUAUGGGAAGGGCAGUCUCUCAGGAAAAUGGUUCUUUUUUCUCAUCCGAUCAAUCCUAUUUCAACAAGUGGACUCAACUGUGCAUCUCGACAGAUCCUGGAAAGCGGAUCACUUGAGCAUUCUUAAACAUAUUUCAGGUCAGAAGGUCCACAAGUUUACACUCCCAUUUCUGGCCCCCCACAUGAUGUGUUCCCUCACUUUUCAGCUGGUGGAAACUUUUAUCCUCCUCCAGAGCUCAAUUAUGCCCAGGUUCAUUCUAAUCAAUACAACAGGCAUGGUAUCCAUGUAGUUGAGGGUGGUUUACUUGAUCAAACAACGAGCACGGGAAGAGGGCCAUUCAAAAGAAAAGGCACUGGUGUUUCUACAUCGCGGGAAAGAGGCGGCACCAGCGGUAUCUACAGUGCAGGAAGUACCUCCAAUUCUUUUGAACUUCACCAUGAGAAACCAACUUCAGAUUAUAGAAAUAACUUUGACUCUUCUGGUUUACCUCCCUACAUGAGUAGCAGCCUGUCAAUUGGGUGUGAAGAUUCUCCAAGGAAUGUGAGAAGCAGGUCUCGACUUGAUUUGGAGCCCAACCCAAGGAGAACUCAUUUAUUAAGUUACUCGUCCCAUCCUUUUUCUUCAACAUCUCAUCUCCGAAACCAUCCUGGGCCGGUGGAUGCUUCUAACUUAAAUGCUGAUAUAACUGCUUAUGAGCAACCAUAUUGCAAAUAAUUCCUUGAGCCACGAGAUGAAUCAGCAUUAAUCCUACUGAUAUUCACUGGUACAAUCAUGAAUCCAUCAUAAGCAGAAAUCCUGCUGCACCACCACGAUAUCUUCACGGCUUUCAUGCCCAGGCUUCUAGGGAGGGGCAGAAUAGUUAUCCUCGACGAGCUAUACCUACAUGUCGGGCUGAUAUAAGCUGCUAUCAUUUCGGACAAGAAACAACUGCUAUUGAAAAUGGUCAGCAUUUUCUUCAGAAACCCAUAAUUCCAGAUAUCCGAGGCCACUUUCUUCUGGAGGUUGGCACAGCAAUCAUAGAGAAGGAAGUCCAAGGAUAUCUAUUGAGAGAUUCCAAUCACUUUCUAAUGUGGUGGAUGCACAUGACAGAAUGGGAUCUGAGGCUCUCAUGCUGUUAGAUCACCCAUAUUUAUAUGGCUCCAUAAAUUUAUUUGAUCAAUACAGGGACAUGAGACUGGAUGUUGACAGCAUGAGUUAUGAGGAACUACUUGCUCUAGGAGAAAGGAUAGGGAAUGUCAACACAGGAUUGCCUGAAGAUGUGUUUUCAAAGUGCUUGAUGGAGACAAUAAGCCUUUCUUCCGACAAAGGCCAGGAGGAAACAUCCUGUGCUAUCUGCCUUGCAUACAUCUGGAAAUAUAAAUCAGAGGGCAGGAUUCUGGGUGAAUUAACAGGAUGCCCGUGUGAGCUAAUUUGUUUCUGCAGCUUAGCAUUGCAAUUAUUGUUUUCAAAAUUUCAGACUGAAAGUCGGGUUUAGUGCUGAUUUGGUCCAGAAUGACAUCAAAAUUGAAACACGUUUUUUGGUACUCAAUGUGGCAUUUUAGCGUGCCUAACAUUUCCGUACCUUGAUAGUGAUCAGAAUUGUCAGGAAGAAUACAGGAGCGUGGACAAAGUGGGCACAAUAAAGAACUGUGGGCAUGUUGACUGCAUCAAGAAGUGGUUGUCAAUGAAGAAUAUGUGCCCCAUCUGCAAAGCACCUGCUGUUGCUGAUAGUUCGAAUGAGGAUUGAUUUACUUUUACAUCUUAUUUCUAUCUUGUAAAUAAUUCGGAGAUGGAAAUCAAUGACCAUUUAUAAAAUUUAAUUUAAACUCA